GACAUUGUGAAAAAGGAAAACCCUGUGCAUGAAUUGUGUGGCCCUAUCAUGAAAUAGUUAAUAUAUUAAAUAGCUGAAUGGGACAUUCAUAGAAUAUGUUGACAGGACAAAAAGUUGAAACCGCUGGCAGAACACCAAAGUCAAUAUCGGAGCCAAGCAAAUACACCCAUAGGGCCGCGCUGGGGAAGCUUGAAGACCGGCCAUCUUUAAGUGGCAGGAGACACCGUCACCUCCAGAACCACGGAAGCAAUUGCGCUUUCAGGAUGAUUUCGCUCAGGCAAGCCGCUUAUUUCGUUUGCUUGUUUGCUACCGUUUCCUGCGGGUGUUUGACUCAACUGUAUAAAAACACCUUCUUCCGAGGCGGGGAUGUAUCCGCCGUGUACACCCCGAACGCCCGGCACUGUCAGAUGAUGUGCACCUUCCAUCCCAGGUGUUUGCUAUUUAGUUUUCUUCCUGCGAGUUCCACUCGUGACACAGACAAAAGGUUUGGUUGCUUCUUGAAAGACAGUGUUACAGGAGACCUGCCAAGAGUGUCACGGACCAGUGCAAUUUCUGGACAUUCCUUAAAGCAGUGUGGUCAUCAAAUUAGUGCGUGCCACCGAGACAUUUAUAAAGGAAUUGAUAUGAGAGGAGUCAAUUUCAACGUAUCUAAGGUUAAAAGUGCUGAGGAGUGCCAAAAAAUGUGCACGAACAGCAUUCACUGCCAGUUUUUCACAUACGCCACGCAAACAUUCCACAGUGUAGACUACCGGAACAGCUGCCUAUUAAAGCACAGCCCGAGUGGAACACCUAUGAGCAUAAAGGUGCUGGCUAACGUGGAAUCUGGAUUCUCACUGAAGCCCUGUGCAGUCUCAGAAAUCGGCUGCCACAGGGACAUCUUCCAGCAGCUUGCAUUCUCAGAUGUGGAUGUCGCCAGUGUUCUCGCUCCAGAUGCCUUUGUUUGUCGGACCAUCUGUACCUAUCACCCCAGCUGCCUUUUCUUCACAUUCUACACCAGCGCCCAGAAGACAGAGUCACAAAGAAAUGUCUGUUUCCUUAAGACUUCCCAAAGUGGGACCCCGAGACCGCCUACUCCUCAGGAAAAUGCCAUAUCUGGAUACAGCCUUUUAACCUGCAAACAAACUUUGCCUGAGCCCUGCCAUUCCAAAAUUUACUCAGAAGUUGACUUUGAAGGAGAAGAACUGAAUGUGACCUUUGUUAAAGGAGCGAGUGGCUGCCAAGAGGCUUGUACGAAAACGAUGCGCUGUCAGUUUUUUGCUUACUCUUUACUCCCGGAAGAUUGUAGAGGAGAGAAGUGUAAGUGUUCCCUACGAUUAUCUCUGGAUGGCUCCCCCACUGGGAUUACGUAUGGGACACGAGCGAGCUCUGGUUAUUCUCUGAGGCUGUGUAAAAGUGGGGACAGCUCUGUCUGUGCAACAAAAACUAACACACGCAUUGUUGGAGGAACCAACUCUGACUGGGGAGAGUGGCCCUGGCAGGUCAGCCUGCAAGUGAAGCUGAGAGCCCAGAGCCACCUGUGUGGAGGGUCCAUCAUCGGACACCAGUGGGUCCUGACUGCAGCCCAUUGCUUUGACGGGCUUCCCUUGUCGAAUGUUUGGCGCAUUUAUGGCGGCAUGUUAAAUCUGUCCGAGAUAACCAAAGAAACACCUUUCUCACAAAUAAAAGAGAUUAUCAUUCACCACAAUUAUAAAAUCUCGGAAGGUAGUCAUGAUAUUGCCUUAAUAAAACUUGAGACUCCUUUGAAUUACACUGAUUUCCAAAAACCAGUAUGCCUACCUUCCAAAGAUGAUACAAAUACAAUUUACACCAACUGUUGGGUAACUGGAUGGGGCUUCACAGAGGAAAAAGGUAAAAUCCAAGAUACCCUACAGAAGGCAAAUAUUCCUUUGGUAUCAAAUGCAGAAUGCCAGAAAAGUUAUAAAGAAUAUAAAAUAACCAAACAGAUGAUCUGUGCUGGCUAUAAAGAAGGAGGAAAAGAUGCUUGUAAGGGUGAUUCAGGUGGUCCCUUGGUUUGCAAACAUAACGGAAUUUGGCAUUUGGUGGGCAUCACCAGUUGGGGUGAAGGCUGUGCCCGCAGGGAACAACCAGGGGUCUACACCAAAGUUGCUGAGUACAUGGACUGGAUUUUAGAGAAAACACAGGACGGUGACGGUCAGUCUUUGAUGAAGUAGCCAGCCCGAAGAAGCUCCGCAGAGAUGGUGAAGAAGCCAGAUGGGCGCAUUAGUUUUGCAACCUGGGUUCAAUUCAAGUACUGAGCCUUGGGGUCCUCAUCAGCCAAAACGUGGAGAGUGAUGUCUACCUCCUGUCCUUGUCAUACGGACAAAAACGGACAAUGCAUAAUGCUUUCAGCAUUCAGUAACAAUGCUAUAGCAGGAGAUACUAACAACUGAAUAUCUCCACGAUUGUUGGUUGUGAAAUAAAAUGGCAAAAGAGUGUGAUCAAAAAGUGGUUUCUUCUCAAACUCAUAGACACAGAAAACAAACUUACGGUUACCAGGGGGGAAAAGGGAGGGUGGAGGGAUAAACUGAGAGUUUAGGAUGUACAGAUGCUAACUACUGUCCAUAAAAUAGAUAACCAACAAGGUUCUACUAUAGGGCACAGGGAACUAUAUUCAAUAGUUUGUAAUAGCCUAUAAUGAAAAA